AACUCUGUAGCUAAACGUAUGUUAUCUGCUAGUCGUAUAAGGAUGAAUGAAUAUAGAAAUCAAAUCGAAGAGCUUAAUAUUCGAAUACGAGAACUAGCUGAGGAAAAUAAGACACUGAAAAAAAUGCAAUUCCGUCACCAAAAGGCCUUAGGUAAAUUUGAAGAACAAGAGAGCGACUUGCCUCUUCUUCUGACAAAGCAUGCCAACGAAGUGCGGACUCUACGUGAACAGAAUCGUAAAAUGAAAGAUAAAUUCAAUCAGACUGAUCGUUAUCUACGUGAUGCAGAAGAUGAAUUGGAAAAUACCAAGUCACAUUUAAAGAAAUAUAAAAAGUUAUGUAAUCAGAAAGGACUAAAAGAAAGAGAUGAAUUA